AUGAAUGGCCUACCAUUGCGGAGCUGGUGGCUCCCGAUACAGCCCAACUCGCUGAUCGCUGUCCUGACGACAGUAGCCAAGACGGCCAUGAUGGUAGCGGUCGCUUCCUGUCUGGACCAACUGAAGUGGCGUCACUUUACGGCAAGCCGCAAAAGGCUUGUCUACUUGCAGUUGUUCGACGACGCGAGUCGGGUUAUGAUCUUGUCCCUCGGUAUCGACGCAAGCGCGCAGCAGAUUCUGAAAUUCCCCACACACGAGUCGCCGCCGAAUAACGUGUUAGCAGAGGUGGAUUGUCACCAGCGGCGGCUCAGGACCUCGGUCAUCGACCGGGUAGCUAGCACCGUCUUUCAACCUUACUUCACAUACCUCAUACUCGCCAGCCGGUGCCAGUGGUACACAGUUACGACCUCGGGGGGUUGCGCGGAUUUUACGAGCAUUACCGACAUCGCGGUGGCCCAGUAUAGCAACGAGACACGCUCGUCCACCUUAAACUGUACCUGUAGCUUUCCUGUGAUGACCGGCUUCGAUGAAGAUGCCCUAGGGCUAGUUACACGCUGGACCGCCAUGCAAUUCAGCUCUCUAGUAAGAGCCCAGCUCCUCGGAUCAGAAUUCCAAGCAUCUAUAAACCUUGGCGGCAUCGGUAGCUUCCUAGCAGUAAAGGCCGCAGCAAGAGGCCAUUCCACGAGCAAUAUAGUUUUUGCCGGAAACACGACGGGCAUGACUCCCCAUCAGUUUAUAGCGAACUCGUCCAACCGCAGCUUGGACAUUUCGCAGAUGACUACCUGCAGCAGCGAUCCCGGCGACAACUACAUCGCUUCCACGACUGCGGGGGUGGCCUUUUCCGACGAGACGCACAUACACGUAUGCCGGGAGUGGACAAUAAUCCCCUUGGUAGAGGCCAUCUUAACAUUCCUCCUCGCCGUCUCGAUCGCGGUCACACGUCAGCAGCCUCUCCUCAGGCACUCGGUCAUCGCUCUCCUGGAGAAACUGGACGAUCUCGCGGAGAGGAUGCUCGCCAAGCCGGAGGCAGACGACCCCCAGUGGGCCGUUUGA